AUGCAGGAGGAAACGGAUGUGAUGACGUCUUUGCCUGAAGGUGAGGAGUUAUUGGAGCGAGAGAAACGGCUGCUAGAGAAAGAGGCUGCGCUCACACAAAAGGAAGACUCAGUACAGGAGCAGAACUACCUGCUGCCAAAGGAGGAGGAUCUGCUGAGCGAACCAGACAAUUCAGAUGCAGAGUCCAGUAAGGAGUUUUACCUCUCCACAGUUGGCCUCAGAUCAGCCUCCAGUCCAGAGGCGGAGAGGUGGACAGUGGAGGAGGAAUCGGACAGACUCAAGCUCGAGCAGGACUCUCUGAAAGUCCGUCUUCGCUGCUCCUUUCAAACUCGGGACCAAAGUCUCCAAGAGCGAGGUCUGGAGACAGAGCAGAGUCUGAGGGGACUGCGGCUCCGAGUGGACAAGCUGGACUCUCUGCUGCUGAGGGCGAAAACACACACAUCACACAAAUGA